AAUGGCAUUUUGGAACCCAUUUGAAAUCGCGGCAUUGUCGCUAGUUGUUUAUGUUCUCCAGCCACAGGACAUUGAAGAGGAGGACUCCAGCCGAGGGCAUAGAUCGCCGGGAGUACAUCGGUCACCUGGUCGAUGAGUAUUACACAACGACAAACGUCGAGGCCCAGGAGCAGGUGACUGCGAAUUUGGCCAACUUUGCCUACGAUCCCAUCAAUUGGCCGCAUUUGCUGGAGGCAGACGCCCUGGAUGUGUUCAUAGCAUCGCUGGAAUCCCAAAAUCAGCGUCUGAAACUGCACGGAAUUGCGGCAUUGUGUAACAUAUGCUUGGAAAAAACUGCAGCCAAAUACAUCAGGGAGCAGCUACAGCUUAUUACCGGCCUCUUUGUGCGCACAGAUCAUCCGGAAAUAGUGCUCCACAGCCUGGCGCUCUUUUACCAGCUCCUAGAAUCCGGUGAGGUUGACAGGGAGUUGCUUCUAGGCCCUUCGCUGCUGAGGACUGUGCAGGAGUGGCGGGUAAAGGCGCACGAUCAGCGCAUUCUGAGCAGCCGAGCACCUCGGCAGGUUCAAAUGGUUAAGCGCUUCUCGCAAAGCGAUUUGGAGCAGUUUGCUCGGUUCACCGGCGAUCACAACUACAUCCACAGCCUAGACACUCCCGUGGAGGAGCGGCGCGUGCACGGAGCCCUGCUAAACGCGGUGGUUGCGGGCAUAAUGGGAACUCAGUUGCCAGGACCGGGCACCGUGGUUCUGGAACAGAGCUUUAAGUUCCUGAAACCCUGUCGCAUUGAGACGGACACUCUGGUCACUGUGAGCCUGGUGCAGGCGCGUAAAAUCUCCACCGUGGAGUACGACAUGCGGCAGAAUGACGAGGUGGUUUUCGCAGGCAGUGCCAAAUUGUUGACCCGCAGUGACCAAACUGACUAGUUUUUUCUUUCAAUAAAAAUGUUA